AUGGUGGAACCUAGAAAUACAAACUCAAGGCACAACUCACCCGUAAGGGAAGUUGCUUCUUCUUCCGAGGGAACUACAAAGGAUAUGUUUUCCGCCAUUAUGAAGGAGUUACAUGAGGUGCGAGGGAAUAUGAAUGCAAUGCAAGGAGAUUUCACGGCACUUCAUGAGGAUGUUGCUAUCCUAAGGGAACAAAUAGAAAACAAUUACUCAUUACCAUCUAGUCGUCAUGGUGGAAGUAGGGGAGGACGAAGUUCUAGAAGGAGUGAGGCUACAUACUCUAACCACCCAAGCGAACAUCAUUACUAUGAUAUGGAGGGAUGGCAUGAGGGCGCAUGGCAACAUCAUAAUGGGAGAGGUGGAGGAUAUGGCGCCAAUAGAGGCCAUGGAAACAAUCGAGGUGGGCACGAGAGGAGAGGAGACCGGUAUGACGACCCGUCGAGGAAUUUCAAACACACUAUUCCGGAAUUCCAUGGGAAGUUUGAACCCGACACCUACCUAGAGUGGGAAUCCCAAGUUGACAAGAUAUUCUCCUUACACAACUACUCCGAGGAGGAUAAAAUCAAACUCGUCCUAGCCGAAUUCCGGGGGCACGCCAACACUUGGUGGACCGAACUUAUGAGAAAUAGGCGAGCCUCGAGAAAGGGGAAAUUGAGGUCAUGGGUCGAGUUGAACAAUCUAAUGAGGUCUACAUUCGUACCUAAGUCUCAUUACCACAAGUUAAGAGGAGAGUUGCAAGACUUGAGGCAAGGCAAUAAAAGUGUCAUGGACUAUUACUACGAGUUGAUAGCUCUAAAGGGAAAAGUGGGACAUGAAGAGAGUGAAGAAGCUACCCAAGACCGCUUCAUUCACGGCCUCAACGUACACUUGAAACAUAAGGUCUAA